AUGAGAUACCAUAUCUAUUAUUUUGUGUGACUGCCGGAAGUCUAUGGGCAGAAUUGAAAAAUAUAGUAGGUCAUUUUGAAGGGAAUUUAAUAAGCUUUAAGAUGCUGAAAUGUAAAAUUUAAUUUAAAUAUUAAUUUUGCUGAAAAUUAGAAAAAUGUGAAAAAUGAGCUUUCGGCAAAAUCGCAAAAGUGUGCUCCUAAUAUGAGGGACCCCGGGAAAUCGCUAAUAAAGUGCAAAAUACAUCAGUAUUACUAUUAAAAACCUUUAUUUAAUGUUUCUCAAAUACACAUGUGAUGCAGAAGCAUAUUUGCAACAAUCGUAAACCCACUUGUACUCAAUAUUGUACCUAAUCUCCCCCCUCCAGCCUUCCUUCUCAAAUCAAGGUCAGCACAGUCUUAUAAAUUCGUAUAAACCUUCCCUUAACGUUAAUAUAUUUUCUCUUCUUUUAUUACUAUACAAUAACUUUCAUACUCCAGCAACCCAGGAGUACCCUGAGUAUCUUCAUGUUACGAGUACCACGCUUUGCGGUUUCACGAUCACCAAAUCUAAUCUCUAAAAUUGAGCAACUCAACAUAUUCCGUAUUUUCCUAUUAAUACGACCUUACUCUAUCGCUGCAUGCAGAACUUAUUGCCAAAUAUUUAUUAAUUAUAUAAUAAACAAGGUUUAAAUACUCAUAUCCAUGACACUUGACAACAUCCAAUUUCACAAUUUCUUUCUCUGCAACGACUACACGCACGAUCAAACAAUGAAUUUUUCACUAAAUAGGUUUUACCCCAAAGGCAAUAAGUUCAUGGUGGAACCAACAGAUAGGGCCUAUUAGUUUAGCAGAAACCUCGCAUAUUAGGAGCCUAUCUCAUAAUAGGGGACUUUCCUCUAUAUAUAUAACACUAACAUAUAUAUAUUAUAAUAAUACAUAAGGCGCCCCAGGUUUUUCCGUACAAACUUUAGUAGUAUGUUUUAUAAACAAAAAUAAGAAAAAAAUAUAUAUUAUAUGAUAUAUCUAUAUAAUAAUAAUAAUAAUAAUAAUAAUAAUAAUAAUAAUACGUUAAAGCAUAUAAUCUGCAACGCGAUUUUUCCCUCGAAAUCUGUUUGUCUUCGAGUGCUUCUUUCAAUCCAAUGCGGAAAGUGGAUCACGUGUCCGAUCCCCAUUCACGUGUCGCGGUUUUCCACGCGAAUGCAAUAAGCCAGACGAAUGACGCAUAUAAGAGAGCCGAUCAAAGGCUUCGAUCAACUGGUGUCGCUCGUUAAAUCGGAUUAAAACAACGUCCCAAGCGUAACGUCGCUUUAAGGUCAGCAGAACUGCGCAUCGCGACGCCACUCGUAGUCAGAACUUGUGCCGCGAACGAUGGAUUUCACCCACGUAAGAGUGCACCAGAUACUCUCGUCGAUUCGUGAUGAUAACGAUUAAUUGAAGAAGAAGAAGACGAUCUUGAGACCAUUUGUCUCGAAAUUGGCGAUCGAGGAUAACAUCAUCGUGAAUAACGAAGAAAAGAAGAAAGAAGAGGACGCGUGAUAUAUUAAAACCUGAAACAUUGCGUUAAAAUUAUAAUCUGACGUGGUUAUAAAUUUUUAUUACGCAUCAGUGAUCGCUUUUCGCAUUGGAUACUAAAUCGGUAGUGAAGUAUACAAUAUUGCUGGACGAAUCUGAAAGUUUCUGAACAAUAAGAUAUGUCGUUCUAAAAAGUUCUAAAAAAGUGAACGAGUUUCAUGUAAUGUGUAAAUGUAAAUAAAAUAAAAAUUAAAAGAAAUAUCGCGCAAUUUGAAGCUCGCUCUAAUUACACACAUUAAACAUAAUUAAAUUCACCCUUCACAAAUUAAAAAAAAAAAAAUAAUUACAACAUGGAAUGUGUAAAUCUCGUAACAUCGUCCAAUGAGUCGUUGUCCCACACAUCAAACGUGCUAAAUAAUUUCGAGCACGCAAAAUGUGGAAAGUUGAAAUCAAAAUUUCAUCAUGAUGAUAUAAAUGAAAAUGAGACAUCACCUGAUGCGGAAGGGAAUUAUUACGCCAACUGCGACACCUCGGUGUGGAUGAGAAGCUGCGAGAAGGAAGUGAUCGAGCCUCUACGAUCGACCGAGAUCACCGGCGCUAUCCCCAAAUGGCUGAAGGGCACCCUGCUGCGAAACGGCCCGGGCAAUCUAAAAGUGGGCAAUUACCGCUAUCAGCAUCUCUUCGACAGCUCUGCCUUGCUACACAGAUUCGGUAUCGCGGACGGUGAGGUCACCUAUCAGCGGCGAUUCGUCCAAACUGAGGUGUACAAGAGAAACAUGGCAGCUCAGAGGAUAGUCUUCAACGAGUUCGGUACGAACGCGACGCCGGAUCCCUGUCAGACUAUAUUCCACAGAGUGGCCACAGUGUUUAAUCCGAACAAAACACUAUCCGACAAUUCCAUGAUUUCGGUGUACCCGUUCGGUGACGAAUAUUACACGUUCACGGAAGCGCCGGUGAUGCACAGGAUCGAUCCGAAGAAUUUAGAGACGAUAAACAGGGUAAAUGUGUCCGAGCACGUUAACAUCGUAAAUCACACCUCACAUCCUCACGUUAUGACCGACGGUACGGUUUAUAAUGUAGGACUAAGCGUAACGCCGACGGGGCCUCGAUACAACGUCGUACGCUUCUCUCCUAGUAGCGCGACUGCUGAUAAUUCUGGAAAAGAAAAGGAACGCUCCAUGUUCGAUCAAGCGACGAUCGUGACCAGUGUGCCGAGCAGGUGGAUGCUGAAUCCAUCAUACAUGCACACCUUCGGCAUCACCGAGAAUUUCUUCAUCAUUGUGGAACAACCACUGUCGAUCUCUUUUGUCAAGAUGACGAUGAGCCACUUCAAACAAGAACCAAUGAUCAAUUCCUUUAAGUGGCACGAUAACGAAAGCACUCUCAUCCACGUGAUCUCGAGGGAGACGGGCCAACUGGUGAAGACGUUCGUCGCGGAAACGUUUUUCUACCUACACAUUAUCAAUCAGUUCGAGACUCACGACAAGGAGUACGUCGUUCUAGACGUGUGCUGUUAUCGUAACCCGAAGAUGUUAGAGUACAUGUACAUCGACGCGAUGAAAAGUAUGCAUGGAAACCCCGAUUUCUCGAAGCUGUUCCGCGCCAGACCGCUUCGUUUCGUACUUCCGAUGAAGAAACCGAGCUCAGACACGCUACCGGAACACAAUCUCAUCGCGACUAAAACGGUGUAUCAGAGCAUGGAGGUGUCACAGAGUGUCAACGGCGAGUCUGUCGAUCGUAGGCCGAGCUAUGACAUCAACAGUAAUGCGGACGAAAUUGCGUACGACAGCAGAGCUAAGUACUGGCAAAAAAAGCACAAAAACGCUCUGCUGAGGAAACCGACCGCUCACCGACUUCACGACGGCAGGAUUUUCGUGAAGCCAGAGCUUCUCUGCGAUGUCGGUUGCGAGACUCCGCGGAUAAACACGGAUUUACAUCUCGGCAAAGAGUAUCGGUACUUCUACGCGAUCUCCUGCGAUAUGGACCUGGAAAAUCCUGGAACGCUUAUCAAAGUCGACACCGUCCGAAAAACCAAGAAAUUAUGGCAGGAAAAUGGUAUUUACCCAAGCGAACCAAUUUUCGUGCCGAAUCCCAAUGGAAAGAACGAGGACGACGGGGUGGUUGUGAGCUCGCUCGUCUGGGCGGAGAAGGAGACUCAAGUCGGUUUGUUGAUCUUGGACGCUGUAACAUUUACGGAAAUCGCGAGGGCUACCUUCAACACACCGGGACCAGUUCCUAAAUGUCUGCACGGUUGGUUCAGUCUGGACAAGUAACCGAAUGCGAAAGAGACUGUCAAUCAAACAGUAUAUCAUUAAAUUAAGCGAAAGAAAGACUCAUUUGAGCUCUUUCGAGGAUUUAAAGUAUUAAGGACUUAAAGUUUAAAUUCAUCAUGACGUUAUAAAAGGCGUUACGAUGCAGAAAAUUAUUUUUAUCGCGAAGAAAUUUUUCCUUUCCUGCUCCUCCCAUCUCUUUUAAAAUAAAUUAAACAUAAACAUAAAUAUAAAUUAAAUAUAAAUAUAAAUAUAAGUAUAAAUAUGCUGAUUAUAUAUACAUCUUCAUCUAUCAACUCUUCAAUCUACCGGUUACCGAGCCGAUAGCGAAUCUUGAAUCACAUUUUCACUAUCUUGAUGGAUCGAACACAAUCUUUCAUUAAUUUUCUCCAUUUUCUUCAUAUUCUCUUUGUGAAUGCGCUGAUAAUUAUAUUGUCAAACACACGAAUGUAAUAAAUUAUUUAAUGUCUUUC